ACAGAGCUGAAAAGGGACCGUAUACACAACACAGACACGGGGAGGUGAUUCUUCUCUACACCAGCGUGGUAAGAUGACUCAGGCAGUUCAGACUAACGGGGUUCAACCCCUCAGCAAGACCUGGGAGCUGAGCCUCUACGAGCUACAGAGAACCCCACAGGAGGCCAUCACGGACGGGCUGGAGAUCGCCGUGUCCCCUCGUAGCUUACACAGUGAGCUAAUGUGCCCCAUUUGCCUGGACAUGCUGAAGAACACCAUGACCACCAAGGAGUGCCUGCACCGCUUCUGUGCAGACUGCAUCAUCACAGCGCUCAGAUCCGGGAACAAGGAGUGUCCGACGUGCAGGAAGAAGCUGGUGUCCAAGCGCUCGCUUCGUCCCGACCCCAACUUCGACGCCCUGAUCAGCAAAAUCUACCCGAGCAGAGACGAGUACGAGGCGCAUCAAGAGCGCGUCCUGGCCCGGAUCAGCAAGCACAACAAUCAGCAGGCUCUGAGCCACAGCAUUGAGGAAGGCCUGAAGAUUCAGGCCCAGCAGAGACUGCAGCGAGGAAAGAAGCACCUGAUCGAGAACGGCAGCGGUGCGGAGGACAACGGCGACAGCUCGCACUGCAGUAACGCCUCGGUGCACAGUAACCAGGAGGCAGGACCCAGCAUCAAACGCACGAAGACCUCGGACGACUCGGGCCUGGACAUGGACAACACCACGGAAAACGGGGGCGCCGACACGGCCCUGGACGGAGCCAGCGAGAUCGAGCUGGUCUUCAGGCCUCAUCCCACUCUCAUGGAGAAAGAGGACGCCGCCCAGACCAGAUACAUCAAGACUUCAGGCAACGCCACAGUGGAUCACCUCUCCAAAUACCUGGCCGUCAGACUAGCUCUGGAGGAACUGCGCAAGAACGGAGAGGCCAGUCCCAUCAACGUGGAGGCCGCCAGCGAGAAACAGUACACCAUCUACAUUCCCACAGCCAGCAACCAGUUCACAGUCCUGAACGGAUCAUUUUCUCUGGAGCUGGUGAGCGAAAAAUACUGGAAGGUCAACAAACCCAUGGAGCUGUACUUCGCCCCGACCAAGGAGCACAAAUGAAUCCACGGCGAUUCUUAUGAAGCUCUGGAAUGGACUGAUGGCUCUCUCUCUCUCUCUCUCUUUCUCUCUAUCUCUAUCAGGAGUGUACUAGUUAUGGAGCUUUUGCUCCCUAAUAACUGUGGCUGCUUUUUUUUAAGUGUCUUUUUUGUAGAUGAACGGGCCCGGGGGGGGGGGUUAUUUGGGGCAGUGGUAUACUGAUAUUUAAUGCUUUUUCCCACGUUUAGGUAUAGAAUCCCAUGUUAAGCAGCAGUUUGUUUUUGGACAGGCGUCUGAUGUCACUUUUGCCAUGCUGGUGAUUGAAUUUAUUAAUAUGAUCACAUGACACCAGUGAAAUCUACUGAGCUGUGUGUUUUUUCCCCACCCAAAACAUACUGGAUCUACAUUUUGCCAGCACAUACAAGUCACUGUUGAAGCCAAUAUGAAGACUGUACGGUCCACGUCACUUGUUUCACUUGUUUCACUUGUUUAACCAGCCAUUCUGUUCUUUGACCUUGUACAUACAGCAUCCUGGCAGCCUAUCACAGUAGGCAUCAAUUGUUUUGCUCACCACCAGUAGCUCUCAGAUCACAGGAACAGCAGCAGCAGAUCUUUUGCAUUAGGCGCAUCUCAUAUUUCAUAUAGAAAUUCCAUUUGUAGAGCAUGAAGUAUUUUUAGUUCAACAUUGUUUGCAUAUAUAUGAGUUCAUGAUGUUGUUUGGGGGACGAAUGUGUACCAGGUUUGUUUGGAAAAUAAAAAAAAUAACACAUGCAA